AGUCCACCCAUCGAACCGAACACAUUUUCUCUCUCCUGCGGCUCAGCCCACCACCGAACCCGAGUGACCCACACACGCAGACGCAUUCGCACCAAAGAAAGCGAGGAAGAAAAGAAAAGCAGGGUCGUGACAGGACGGGGGGAAGAGAGACCUCCACUCACGGACUCAGCCCCCGCCGGAAAGCACUGAGCUUCCGAGCGGCCCGCCGCGAGGAACGCGUGACCUCGCCGCGCGCUGUUGCGGCUGGGCGGGCGGCGCAUUCAGGAUCUGCUAGGGUUCCCCGCCGGUGGGGUCCUGGCCAUGGCGAGCCCGCGCUCGGCCGGCGGUGACGAGGCGAUCUGGAUGAAGCUGCGCGAGGCCGGGUUCGACGAGGACGCUGUCAGGCGCCGCGACAAGGCGGCCCUCAUCGGCUACAUCUCGCGGCUCGAGUCCGAGAUCUAUGAAUAUCAGCACAAUCUUGGGCUUAUUUUAUUGGAGCGGAAGGAGUUGACGUCCAAAUACGAACAACUCAAAGCUUCUUUUGAAGCCACUGAGAUCAUACUCAAGCGAGAGCGAGCUUCGCAGCAGUCUGCUUUAUCUGAAACAAGAAAGAGGGAAGAAAACCUAAAAAAAAAUCUAGCCAUUCAGAAGGAGUGCAUAUCAAAUCUUGAAAAGGCACUUCAUGAUAUGCGCGGGGAAACAGCUGAAAUAAAAGUUUCAUAUGAAGCAAAACUGGCUGAAUCCCUUCAAAUGAUGGAGACGGCACAGAAAAAGUUUGAUGAAGCAGAAGAGAAACUUCUCACUGCAAAAUCAUUAGAAGCAGACUGCAUUCGAACUCGCAACACCUCUCUGAGAAGACUGCAAGACAUUGAAGAUCGCGAAGAUCAGCUAAGAAGAUACCAAACAUCUUUUGAACUUGAGAAUGCAUCGAAAGAGAAAGAGAUUAACCUCCUGAGGAAAUCGUUGGAUGAUACCAAAAAAAUUUUGCAUGAAAAGGAGCAAUGUUUACUGAAAGAACAAGUACUUCUUAAUCAGAGGGAUGACAGCAUCCUUGAGAGACUUGCGUACAUAACUAGCUCAGAGAAAAGGUUGGAGGAGGAAAAGUUAAAUCUCGAAGAUGAAAGAAAGGUUCUUUUGGAAGAGAAAAAUAAGCUGGAUCUGAACAUGCAGGCAAUUAUAUCCAGGGAGGAAGCUAUAAUUCAGAAGGAAUCCAUACUUGACAAACGUGAAAGUGAACUAUUGAUUCUCCAAGAGACCAUUGCAAGCAAAGAAAGGGCUGAAAUAGAAAGGCUCCGUCAAGAGGAAGAAAUUGCCUUGGUGAGGAGGAGGCAGGAAUUUGACACUGACAUGGAAAUUAAGCUCACUUCUUUUGAGGAAGAGAUUGAUGCAAGGAAAGCCUUGCUCGAUCAAAGGGAAACCACCAUCAAUGAGAAGGAGGAUGCAGUGGCGCAAAGGGAACAGAAUCUCAACCUUAGGUUUGCUGAGUUAGCGAACAAGGAAGAAUCUUUGGUGAAGAAAUCAGAUGAGUUAAGGGAGGAAGAGAAAAGGCUCUCCUCUGAGAGAGAGACACUGCACAUUGAUCUGCAAAAAGAAAAGGAGGAAAUUCAUAACAUGAAAUUGGAUUUAGAGAAGGAAAAAUCUUUCUUUGAGGAGGAGAAGCGUGAAGCGAUUCAAGCUCAGGAGAAUCUAGCAAUAACCCAAAAUGAGCGAGAAGAUUUACAAAGUUUGCAGGUGAAACUUAAAGAUGAAAUUGAUAGUCUGAGAGCCCAAAAGGUUGACCUAAUGGCUGAUGCAGAAAGGCUAUUAUCAGAAAAAGAAAGGUUUGAGAUUGAAUGGGAGUUGAUCGAUGAGAAGAAGGAGGAACUACAAAAGGAGGCAGCCAGGAUUGCUGAAGAACGAAGAGUAAUAGAUGAGCAUCUCAAGAGCGAAUUUGAUAUUAUCAAACAAGAAAAGGAAGAUCUCCGUGUUCAGUUAAAAAUUAGUACAGAAUCCCUUGCUCAUGAACAUGCUGAAUUCAUGAAUAAGAUGCAGCAAGAGCAUGCUAGUUGGCUUAGCAGGAUACAAUUAGAAAGAGAAGAUCUGAAGAAAGAUAUUGAUAUCCAGAGAACCGAGUUACUGAAUUCUGCAAAGGCUAGGCAGAUGGAAAUAGAUUCAUAUUUGAGGGAAAAAGAAGAGGAGUUUGAACAGAAAAAAUCCAAGGAACUUGAAUACAUCAAUUCUGAAAAGGAAACUAUCAGCUCAAAACUAGAACAUGUCAGGCUUGAAUUGCAAAAACUUGAGGAGGAGAGGAAAAGGUCUAUGCUGGAGCGAGAGAGAAGAGAGGAAGAGCUGUCUGAAACAAAGAAGACUAUAGACGCGCUUAAUGAGCAACGCGAGAAGUUACAAGAGCAAAGAAAACUGCUUCAUUCAGACCGAAAAUCAAUUACACAGCAAAUGCAGCUGCUUAAUGAGUUAGAAGAGCUGAAGAUUGAAUCUGAGAACAGGCAACUGUCUUUGAGACAGUGUGGGAAAUCAAAGCAUGCUGGUGUGGAAAACCUGGAAGACAACGGUGUUCACCUGUCUCCUGAUGAGGAUCAAAAUGCUAGUCCAAAACAAACUACUGUAAAGAAAUUGGAAGUGUCCCCUUCAGUCUCCACACCAAUUUCUUGGGUUAAAAAAUGUGCUCAGGUGAUAUUCAAACGCUCUCCAGAGAAGAGUGCUGAUCCCAACAAUGAUAUACCUCCAAAGUUGGGAAAUGUCAAUGACUGUACCUCCUUAGCUACUGCCUAUUCAGAUGGAUUGUUUGCUUGUCACCUGGAAAAUGGUGCUGAGAAAGUACCACAAGCUAUCGACGGUCUGAAAGUUGGGAAAAAGAGGCUUAAUAAUGCACUCUCUCAUGGUGACUCCGAAAUUUCACAGCCAAAACGCAAGCAGCAAAAGAGCGCUACUCAGAUUUUGAGAGUGAUUGGAGGAGAAAUUGAUUCCAACUGCCCAUCAGUUCUAGAAGAAAAAUGUUCAAAGAAUGAACAUGAUGCAGUCCCAGUUGGUUUGUGUGGGAAGGGACCACAAAAUCCCCAAGCAGAGCAUUCAGAGGAUAUUUCAGUGUCUGCAUCUGAACCGUCGAACGGACCUGGUGUUGUGGACUCUGAGGACAAGGAUGGAGCAGAUGAGGAGUCUGACGAUGAAGGCGAGGACGAGGAGGAAGAGAAGACGUCAUCGGCGAAGAAGCUGUGGCGUUUCCUCAUCACAUGAUUUAUUUAUCUUUGUCGUACGAUAAAAAAUAGCACGGCUAACUGUAGGUUCUAUAUGAUGGUAGGAGGCCACUUAGGCAUCCAAAGCUCUACUAGUUUCAUUGGCUUUGUCAUGGCGUGUCCUCUGGUGUGUAGUAGAGGUGGAAGAAGGUACUGGUUUGGUUGUGUGCUUCGGGUGUUGUGAGUAGCGCGGUGGCUUUGGAAGGCGCUGUGGACUGUCUCUCCCCCACCUACUACCACCCAUGCCUUUUUUUUCUUCCUGUUUAUCUUGUCCGCAGGAAGACGUGUGUAAAGUGAUUGACAGUUUCCGGGUUGGUGUGAAAAUGAGCCUGCGUGGUUGCUACCAUGGUCCAAGUGUUA